AUGGAUGAAACUACACCUACAGCGCCUGCGGAUCCGCAGAAUGCAACGUCGCAGGUGUCUGAACCAGCGCAAGCCACCCAGCAAACGGCAUCGCUUGACCAGAUUCAUACUAUGUUGAACGCCAAAGAUGACACAUCAAGAUUUGUCGGCCUGGCGCUUUUGAAAAGUGUACUGGACAACUCCGAAGAGCUUAGGAAUAAUGCAGAUAUUGUAUCUGGAUUAUGGGAGUCUAUCUCUCCCAAGUUCCUGGAUCGGCUGGUGAAGACCGGUUCGUCCACUCAGUCUGUCCAAAAAGACGCGAGAAACAUGCUGGAUCUUGCAGUAUCUGUAAUCCAUACCUUUACAUCAUUACUGCCAGAUCAGGCAAAGAGAGAGAAGAGGCUUGUUGGACGGUUGCCUCUACUAGUAUCAGGUUUACUUCAGAGCUCUGGGGAGACAUCUGAUCUUAUUCUCCAGACAAUCCUCACGCUGGUUGCCUUCCCAGAAGGUGCCAAAGUCUUUGCUGAAAUAGAAGACAUCAGCCCGUUGAUUGAAAUUGCCCCAGGCAAUCCAUUGGCGCUCCAAAUCAUCACCUUUGCUUAUAUUAACUGCAUGGAUAUCUUGGGGGACACAACGGCCUUGAAGACGAAAAUUGACAGCACCAUCUUGUCUCUUAUUUCUUCAUUCACCGGCACAGAUGGUGUUACUUUGCUCGAGUUCCUUGGUAAAUUCCUCAGGAACUCCGAUCCUCAGGCUCUUCCAUCGAACCCCACCUGGAUCAGGCCGGUCAUUCUUUUCAUCAGAAGGCUUCUCACCAGUAGACCUACGCCCGAGGCUAGGAAUGCUUACACAAUUGCGGCAGCCUCCUUGCUAGAGGUGUACCAUGCCGAGACGGCAAAGCUUCUCUUCGCAAGUGAAAUCGGGGAAGACCAACCGUUCUCCUACUUGUUAAUCACCCUCCUACUCACCGAUACAAGAGCCACGCUGCCACGGCUUCUAGAGCUUCUUAAUGAUCCGACGUACCCUUCAGUGGCACAGCGUAUAGGUUCAGCGUUCGACGUCGUUACUCACUUUGUCGGCUACCUCGUAAGGAGCUUGGAUGAUGAGCAGUUAUCACCUGCCGACAUGAUCAUGCCACCAGACCUUCUGCUGAAAAUCCGGAAGACGAUCUCAGAGGCUAUGUCCCUGGCUAUCGAGUUCCUUAGAGAUAGAUGGGACGCUUCCGUAGCAGGAGCCUUUGGCCUGCACCCUGAUGCGCGAACAAAGGAGACAGAUACGUCCGCGGGAAUGAGACUGACCAUUUCUUGGGAGUCCAAGAAGGAUAAAAUCCAUGAAGACCCUCUUAUUAUGGCAGUUGUCCGAGCUAUAGCCAUUUGGCUCCGCGAGGAUGACAAUGAGCUCCUGAGGAAAGAAGCCGCAGGACUUAUGGACAUGCUGAUUGACCUGUACCGAUCGAGUUCGCCGGCGAAACUCGACUUCCGGUCCCCAAUUCUCGUUGGUUUGGAGGGCAUUCUCGUCGAGAAGGCAGGUUUGGAAGAGUUCUCCACGCACAACGGCUGGCAAACCCUCACCAAAGACCUCGUAGACAUCUUCCAACACACGUCGAUGGUAAACGAUGAAAUCGAGGCGGCGCGCGGCAUUGAGAUUGUGCGGGUUCUGUUACCCAUCGUUGAGGGAGAGGACACAGGUGCGCGGGAAGAUUGGAUGGCUUUCAUUACUUCUGUAGCUGCGUGGGACCUGCCGGAAGCUGAACAGCCUCUUCUUGUGCAAGAGAUGCAGGCCGCAACCCUUCAGUUGGCGACCGCCCUGGUCGUAAGUGCCCCUGAUGGCAUGAGGAGACGUUACGUCCAUUCUACGAGCGCCAUCCUCGGCAUAGCUACCCGGUUGCAGAAGUAUGUGGGCGUCAACCAUCCCCUAAGAGAGUCGUUAGAUGACGUGCUCGAUACCCUUGGUGGCUUUCGCUAA